UAGAUGUGUUUACUGCCAAUGAGUUAUGAUAAAUUUAAACUGCUGUGCAUCUGAUAAUCUAGGACGUUUUUUUUCUCGCUCUCUUACUGAUGGUGAUUAACGUUGAAGGACGCCUAGCAGCACUUUGUGCAGCCAGCCACUCCCUAUGCCCGUGGACCAGAGGUUGAAGUCGUGGAACCGUAGUCCUUAUCCACCUCAGUGCUCAAGUGGAAGUCCUCCUACCCGGGUGAGAGACGCGUCCAGGCACAUUCACAACGCAGAUAACUAAAAAAGACUACGAGGAUAGAGGAGCCUCUUUUCAACUGAAGGGAUAUUCCCGGGAUUCUUCACUUUCCUCCAGAGUGGAUUAAGGGACAACAUUUCCAAUUCAGAGGGGGAUUGCUCAUUCCAAAAUGGAGGUGAAGACGUCACUUCUAGACAACAUGAUAGGAGUGGGGGACAUGGUCCUGCUAGAACCCCUCAACGAAGACUCCUUCAUCGAGAACCUGAGGAAACGCUUCGACCACAAUGAGAUCUACACAUACAUCGGCAGUGUGGUGAUCUCCAUGAACCCCUACAGGUCUCUGUCUAUCUUCACACCAGAGAAGGUGGAGGAGUAUCGCAACAGGAACUUCUACGAGCUCAGCCCACACAUCUAUGCCCUGGCAGACGAGGCCUACCGUUCUCUGAGGGACCAGGAUAAAGACCAGUGUAUCCUCAUCACAGGAGAGAGUGGAGCUGGAAAGACCGAGGCCAGUAAGCUGGUGAUGUCAUAUGUGGCGGCGGUGUGUGGGAGGGGCCAGGAGGUGAACAAGGUGAAGGAGCAGCUGCUGCAGUCAAAUCCCGUGCUGGAGGCUUUCGGGAAUGCGAAAACUGUGAGAAAUGACAACUCAUCCCGAUUUGGAAAAUACAUGGACAUUGAGUUUGACUUCAAAGGAGACCCUCUGGGUGGAGUUAUUAGCAACUAUUUGUUGGAGAAAUCCAGGGUUUGCAAGCAGCCAAGAGGAGAGAGAAACUUCCACAUCUUCUACCAGCUUCUUUCUGGAGCUUCAGGGGACACCCUGACGAAGCUGAAGUUGGACAGAGACUUCAGUAAGUACAACUACCUGAGUCUGGAUUCAGCCACCGUCAAUGGACUAGACGACGCAGCAAGCUUUAGGACCGUCAGGAAUGCAAUGCAGAUUGUGGGUUUUAUGGAGGAUGAGGUGCAGUUGGUCCUAGAGCUGGUAGCAGCCGUCCUCAAACUGGGGAACAUUGAGUUCAAACCAGAGUCCAGGGUCAACGGCUUCGACGAAAGCAGGGUCAAGGACAAGAAUGACCUGAAGGAGAUGUGUGAGCUGUUGGGAAUUGAGCAGUCUGUGCUGGAGAGGGCUUUCAGCUACCGCACCGUGGAAGCCAAGAUGGAGAAGGUGUCUACCACACUCAACGUGGCCCAGGCCUACUAUGCCCGUGAUGCCCUGGCCAAAAACCUCUACAGCCGUCUGUUCAGCUGGCUGGUCACCAGGAUCAAUGAAAGCAUCAAGGCUCAGGCCAAAACACGCCACAAGGUGAUGGGAGUCCUGGACAUCUAUGGUUUUGAAAUAUUUGAGGACAACAGCUUUGAACAGUUCAUCAUCAACUACUGCAACGAGAAGCUUCAGCAGAUCUUCAUCGAACUGACGCUACGUGAAGAGCAGGAGGAGUACGUCAGAGAGGGCAUUGAAUGGACCAACAUUGAGUAUUUCAACAACGCCAUUAUCUGUGACCUCAUUGAGAAUAACCAGAAUGGUAUCCUGGCCAUGUUGGAUGAGGAAUGUCUCAGGCCAGGCACAGUGACUGAUGACACCUUCCUAGACAAGCUCAACACCAUCUGUGCUGAGCACCAGCACUUUGAGAGUCGCCUCAGCAAGAACUCCAAGUUCCUGACAGACCACAGCUUGCCUCACAGCUGCUUCCGCAUCCAACACUACGCUGGGAAAGUGCUGUACCGUGUGGAGGGCUUUGUAGACAAGAACAAUGACCUGCUGUACAGAGACCUAUCUCAGGCCAUGUACAAGGCCACCCACAGUCUGAUGAGACAGCUGUUUCCUGAGGGAAACCCUGCGAAGGUCAACCUGAAGAGACCCCUCACCGCAGGCUUCCAGUUCAAGGCCUCUGUCGGGGGACUAAUGAGGAACCUGCAGACCAAGAACCCCAACUACAUCAGGUGCAUCAAGCCCAACGAUAAGAAGGCAGCCCACAUCUUCACCGACUCACUGGUGUGUCACCAGGUGCGUUACCUGGGUCUGAUGGAGAAUGUGCGUGUGAGGAGGGCAGGCUAUGCAUUCCGCCAGCCCUACGAGCCCUGUCUGGAGCGGUACAAGAUGCUCUGCAAGCAGACCUGGCCUCACUGGAGAGGACCCGCGAGGGAUGGAGUGGAGGUGCUGCUGACAGACUGUUCUGUUCCAGCUGAGGAGUUUGCCUACGGACGCUCCAAAAUCUUCAUCAGGAACCCCAGAACGCUGUUCACCCUGGAGGAGAGGAGAAGGGCGUGUCUGGAGGACCUGGCCACCCUGAUUCAGAAGAUCUACCGGGGGUGGAAGUGUCGUACUCACUUCCUCCUGCUGAAGAAAAGCCAGGUGGUGGUAGCAGCCUGGUACCGCAGAUAUGCACAACAAAAGAAAUAUGAGAAGAUCAAGAGCGCUACACUAGUGAUGCAGUCCUUCACCAGAGGGUGGAAGGCCCGCAAGAUCUUGCGACAGCUGAAAUACGAGAAGAGAUGCAAGGAGGCAGUGACUACCAUUGCAGCGUACUGGCACGGGACUCAGGCCCGGAUGGAGCUGCGGCGCCUAAAGACGGAGGCACGGAAUAAGCAUGCCGUGUCUGUCAUAUGGGCAUACUGGCAGGGGACCAAGGCUCGGCGAGAACUGCGGUUUCUAAAGAAGGAGGCGCGAGAAAAGCACGCUGUGUCUGUCAUUUGGGCUGGCUGGCAGGGGACCAAGGCACGCAGGGAGCUAAGGUGCCUGAAGGAGGAGGCCAGGCGUAAGCACGCCGUCGCCGUCAUUUGGGCCUACUGGCGGGGACUCCAGGUUCGCCGGGAGUACAGGAAGUUCUUUAGGGCCAACGCUGGCAAGAAGAUCUACUGCUUUAUCAUCCAGAGAAUCAUGCAGAAGUACUUCCUGGGUCUGAAGACUACCGUGCCCUCCAUGUCACCCAUAGACAACACCUGGUCAGCCCAGCCUUACAGCUUCCUGGAGGGAGCUCACACUGAGCUCAGGAGGAUCUUCCACCUCUGGAGGUGCAAGAAGCACCGGGGCCAGUUCACAGAGGAGAAGAAGGCUGUGUACGAGGAGAAACUGGAGGCCAGUGAGAUCUUCAAGAACAAAAAGGCUCUGUACCCCAGCAGCGUGAGCCAGCCUUUCAAAGGAGACUAUCUAGAGAUCCAUAAGAACCCUAAGUACCAGAAGCUGAACAGUGCUGUGGAGGAGAAGGUGCUACUGGCUGACGUGGUGAACAAGAUAAACCGGGCCAACGGCAAGGGGUCACCAAGGCUCUUCUUGCUGACCAAAAACAACUUUGUCUUAGCUGACCAGAAGACAGGCCAGGUGAAGGCCAGCGUGCCGCUGCCAGACCUCACCAGCGUGUCGGUCAGCACUCAGAGUGACGGCUUCUUCGCCCUCAAGCUCAAAGAGGGCUCUGCUUCAGCUGCCAAAGGUGACUUCCUGCUAAACAGUGAGCAUCUUAUUGAGAUCAUCACCAAACUCCACCGCACAUGGACCACCGCUGCAGACAAGGACCAAAUCAACAUUGAUAUCUCAGACGAGUUCCUCGUUCAGUUCAAGCAGGAUAAGGUGUGUGUCAAGUUCAUCCAGGGGGGGCCUAAGAACGGCACCAGUGCUGCCUGCAAGCGCAAGAACAACCGCCUACUGGAGGUGUCUGUGCCAUCAUCGCCAUAGAGACAACACAACAUCACUGAUAGGGUUUUCAUGACAGUUCACCAUCAGACCUAAAUCCAGCCCCACCCCCAAUGACUGUGCAAUUUACGCUACUUUUUGUUGGUUCUCUCUUAUUUCCUCUUCAGAGUCAUUACAUCACUGUAAAAUGUAAUAGUGCUGCCACUUUUGGUAGAGAGUGAAAGACUCUCAUGAUCGCAUGACGAGAAGGUUAUAAGAGAGAGAGAAAGAUGAUACUUUGUUUUACUUGUAUUGUUUUUAAAGUUGGUGGUGGGUGAAGGAAGGAAAGAAGUGCACUCCUCUUGUCAAUGGAGCAUAAGAUAUCUCCAGUCAGAUAAUGAUGAUGAUAAAGAUUGUUGAGCUUGGUGAAGCUAAUCUGCAGUCUUUGUGGUGUGGUAUCAAAGCCAUCCAUGCCAAGCCUUACCCAUAUUCAGUGAUCGCUAAAAAGGGGCAAAGAAAGAAAGUAUUGACAAGUCACACCCCUGAACUAGCUUCCAGGCCAUCGGAUAAUUUUUUCUGUUUGAGCUCUGAAAUGGCAACUCUAUAGACCAACGAUGACCAGAGAGCUUUCAGGGUUGCUCUAAAAUGUUCUCUGAAAGUAAAAAAACAACAAAAAAAAACAAUAUGAUGGCACUUGUUAUGUUCACUCGGGUGAGUUAAAAUGAGAAAAAUAUCAUGAUGAAUAGGCUGAAUAUUGGCUGGGUUUCUGUUUAUGUUGUGCUUUGCUGACACCUACACAGCUGACUGUACAGUGGGUGGUCAAGUAGAAGAAUCAACAGUUGUCAAAUUAUAUAUCGUUAACCACUUAGUAUCCAUAGCAACUCCCUUCUCUGUGUGGUGCCACGACGUGUUACAUGUAUCAGUGUUGUCAUCUAAUCAGGUCUUGGACAAAGUGAAAACCAAAAAGGUGAAUGGUCCCUAUACUCAGUUUAUCAUGAAGUAAAUGCCACAAAACCUUUUUAAGGGGGACUUAAUCAAGCAGGAACAAGACUUUAUUUGAUAACACACUACACGUGAUCAAUAUUCAUUUCCUCACUUUUCAGUUGUCCUCAAAGUACAUGUCUUCUCUAAGCUUUACUCAAUAUACAUGUAUGUUCAAAUAAUUAUUCUAAACCGUUACCUUUUUCAAUGUGUAAUUGAACAGUGUAGAUCCAUAUCCUUAUAAAUGUCAUUACUCAGACAAUAAUUCAGUGGUUUGGUGCACAAGGACCUCCCCUAUGCCUCUUAUGAAGGCUUGUGAUCGGUCGGAUGGACAGGAAGUUGUUAGAAUUGUCAGGAAGUUUCCAACCAAGUGAGAUGGACCCCAGGGUUCCCAAGCCUACCGUAUGCCCAGUUUUUUUAAAGUUAUUUAUCUGGAUUUUGCCUAUGGAAAAAGGAUGAAAUGCAUUGAAAUUGAAUGGAAGUCCCAUUUCAAUCAUUCAUCCGUUCUAUUCAUUCUAUUUCUAUGUGUUUCUACUUAGCUGAAAGGUGAAAUCCAAAUAGAUAACUUGUGAAAAACUGUGCCCAGAUGACUAUCCUAGAUUCCCAGAUUUAAGGCUGGUCAGUCUUUUUAGAGCCACGCGGCUGCUAGUUUUCAUUGGCCCUCUUGUGUGAAAUGUAAGGGAAAUUAGCUAUUUGCCUGGAAGGCUGCCCUAGGCUAGGCUACACCAUCUCAAGCAUUCCUCCUCCCUUUGGCCUGAGUAAAUUAGUAAAAGGACGCAGCAUGUCGACAGACGGAACACAAGAUUAAGUCCUACACUCUGACAGACGUUUCUCAAGCACAUGCUGUUGAGAGAAGCACUCUCUCACUGACUAUCAUACACAUCAGCUAUACAUAAGCUAAGACGUAGACCCAGCAUGUAGGGGUAAAUUAUAGUGUCCUUAUGCUAGUUUUCUUAUUGCUGUGAUGCAGAAAUAUCUAUGCUGUUUUUGCCAUCACAAUGUAGGCAGUUAAAUUUUUUGUAGCCCCAUUCUGGCUAAUAAUAAAUGCAGUGUUUUUCUUGGGACUCCCCCAGCUGUUUUUUGAGUGCAUAUGACCAUAUAGUACAUUCUUGGGAAGUUUUUUCAGAAAUCUAGCAAUCACCGCUUUACUGUCUACUCUACCUGUGCACAGACUAUACUUUAUACACACACAAGCCAAUGUCUCUGAUCUUUGAAAUUUGGACAUCUAUUAUAAUAUGAUAUUCUUUAUCAGGAGGUUUCGUGGGAGUUUGGACUGUUGACUUCAAUGUUAAACAAUUGGGUUCUCUGGUGGUGGAGGUUGUAGCUCAGCCGAACUGCACUAGAUCACAUUCCUAUAGAUGGUGCUGGGGUAUUUUCAUUUUAAGUUUUUGUAAUUUCACAGAAAAACCAUAGGUGGACUUUGAGGAAUGUUUUUUCCUUGCAUGGGGAGAAUGUUGUGCAAAAUCGAAUGAUGUUUGUUGCUGUUCAGUUCUGUACAGUUUGAGAUUUCAAUGCAGUUUGCUACAAGGUUAAUAACUCUCUCGCGCUUCUGUUUAUAUUUGAAGUUAAAUAUGAAAAUAGAAAUGCAAAAUGAUGUAUGCAUUCUUGUCGUGUGCCUAAUGUAAGACAGAACGAACAUGGAAGUGUUUCAAUACUAUUCAAUGUAACACAUUUACAAGUCAUUUUUUUUAAAUAAAAAAAAGCAAUAAAUACUUA